UUAAUUGCAGAAACAACCAUUGACCGCACGAGGGAGACAAGUAUAUUUAUAAACAAGGACAGAUAACUAUCGACGUCACCACGGAAAAUGGCCCUAUCACAUCUUCCACGCGCUGGCUGUGUGCGUAUCCUUUGAAACUAGAUGAAGGAGAGGGAAAAGAGACAUGUCUGCCUGUAAAUGAAUGAACCUACACAACAGAUGCGGCUGCCCAUGUCUGACGAUUUACAAAUCUGACUGAUUUUCUCUACUGUGUUGGAGCCUGGCAGACGUGGCUGUGAAGAUUAUAUUUAACAUCCACUGAAGAAGUCAUGCUUAUCUGGUCCCAUCAUGGGCGUGCCACAUCGACCAUCCCUCUCAUCUGUCUCCCACCUUGGCUCAUCGUGGCCCUGGUCGUGCUAUCGUUCCCCACUGGUGGAGUGUGGGGUCAAGGCAACAGUCAGAGGGAGGACCCCACCAAGGUGCUUCAGGACCUGCUCGCCCGGUAUGGGGACAACAGCACCAUUAGUGUGCCCCAGCUACGCUCUCUUCUAGCUGUACUCAGCCACGGUCAACGUGAAAGUGAUGGUGCUGACAGCGAAGAAGCAGAGACGAUGACGACCCUUCCCUCCAAAACCAAUAACUCUAAGUGUUUGCCAGCAGAUGUGCUGGCUAUUUACAGCAUCAGUGAGCAGUCGCAUUUGGACGGGCAGGGUUUACAGAAGCUGUGCCCCAGCAUGCUGCAACAGCUGGAUGCUGGAAGCUGUAGGGCCCAAAAAGAGGAGGAGCUAAGCAGCGACAGCUCCCCUAGGCCCUCUGAUGCAGAAGUUUGGGGUUUUUCUUUCUUGAGCGUGACCGUGAUAAAUGCCUUCUCCCUCACUGGAGUCUUCAUCGUGCCUCUGAUGAAGAUGGGCUACGUGAAACAAGCACUCACCUUUUUCAUCGCUCUUGCCAUUGGCACGCUGUUCUCCACUGCCAUCCUUCAGCUCCUGCCUGAGUAUGGGGUUAUGGGAUCCUGUGUGUGACACUGAUCUCUCUGUGCUCGCUGAUCGGGGCAAGCGUGGUGCCCUUCAUGAAGAGAACCUUUUACAAGCGACUGCUGCUGUACUUCAUAGCCCUGGCCAUUGGCACGCUCUACUCCAACGCCUUGUUUCAGCUCAUCCCAGAGGCCUUUGGUUUUGAUCCUCUGGUGGAUUUCUACGUGUCCAAAUCUGCUGUGGUGUUCGGAGGCUUCUACCUCUUCUUCUUCACCGAAAAAGUCCUCAGGGUCCUUCUAAAGCAAAAACAAGGGAGUCAUGGCCACAGCCAUUACCCUGCUGCAGACCAUUACUCAACAGCCAACAGGGGUGCAGAAGAGGGGGAGAAAGAGAAGCUACAACAGAACGGAGAAGCUAACAGUCUGGCCCAGGGAAAGGUGGAUGAAGGGGAGGGCGAGCUCAUGCUCAGCCCUGCACAGACACCACAGGACUCCCAGAGCCCAGACAGUGGGGGGCACACUGCCAGCCAUGGAGGCGGCUGCUAUUGGCUGAAAGGAACAACCUACUCUGACAUCGGCACUCUGGCCUGGAUGAUCACUCUGAGUGAUGGUCUGCACAACUUCAUUGAUGGCUUAGCUAUUGGUGCUUCCUUCACUGCCUCGGUUUUCCAGGGUAUCAGCACCUCUGUGGCCAUCCUUUGUGAGGAGUUCCCUCAUGAACUGGGUGACUUUGUAAUUCUACUGAAUGCUGGCAUGAGCAUACAGCAGGCUCUGUUCUUUAACUUCCUGUCAGCCUGUUGCUGCUACCUGGGAAUGGGAUUCGGCAUCCUGGCUGGCAACAGCUUCUCCCCAAACUGGAUUUUUGCCUUGGCAGGCGGAAUGUUCCUAUACAUUGCUCUUGCAGACAUGUUUCCAGAGAUGAAUGAGGUGAGCCGUGAAGAGGAGGACGCUGGUGGUAGCAGGUUCCUCAUCACCUUCGCAAUCCAGAACGCUGGUCUCCUUACAGGCUUCUCCAUCAUGCUUCUCCUCACCACAUAUUCAGGGCAGAUACAGCUGGGGUAGCACCAGACCCCCCUGAUCCAGUGCCAACUCUGACAACAAUGAAUUAAAGCUGGAUUGUUCUGUAGAGAAAUAGUCCAAGUUGAGAAAGGGUAGCUUAGACUUUUUCUCUUUGCCUUCAUGGAGUUUGGGGGAGGGGGUUGUUGUGCGGCAGGUACGCACAAGCUUCUGUUGGAAAUAUUUUAGUAUCUGCCCUUUUGCUUUUCUUAGAUGCAGUCAGUAUGAGGCAGAUGGGAUCUUAGCCUUCUUACCUCAUACUUUUCUCACCGCUGCGCACCAUUCAUGUCUAAAAAAGUCAGCAUUGAUGAGUUGACUUCCUCUGCUGAGAGUUUGACUAGUGCAAUAUUCAGCUCAUUGCUGAGGAACUUCUCCGUGCUUCAAACAUUCUGAUCAGCAGUUUUGGUUUCUUUUUUUUUUUUCUUCUUUUACCUUUAUUUGUGCUUCUCACUGUAAAUGUUUGUGAAUCUCAGCCAGGGUCUUUUAAGACUCAACACAUGCAGUGUAUUUCUGUCAGGUGUUCUCUAUGAAAGCACAAUCAGGUAAUGCAAUCUUUGAGUCCUUAUUUUUCUUUUACAGACUUCCCAUUCCAGACCAAAAAACAAAUAUCUAAGGAAAUCAACUUUAGGAGUUCUUAACAAACUGACUUACUGUUGGUCUUUGUUGUCUGUGUGAUGAUUUGAUAUUAUUUUAACUCAUGGGGAAAAAAUAUGAGAAAGUUAUUCAUGAAGACCAAAUAUGGCCGAACCAUUCAGAAUACAGAAGGGCUACACAGUGACAUUUCGGAGAGGAACACUUCAUCCUCCUUGAUAUGGACUAAUCCGCAUCCGCAGUUAGAAGCUCUUCAAGAAUCCUUGUUGGACAUGUUAAAUGUGUGAGUUUUAUUGUAGUGGAUUGAAGUAUAACAACAUGCAGCCCACACAGCAACACUUAACCAUGUGUGCCCUUCAUUAUUAUUGCAAUGAAUAGUUCUAGUUUUCACCUUGUUUUCUUUCCUGUCUUUUUUUGCUGAAAGUGAAAAUAUGUGGUCAUUUGCUCCUCUAGAAUGGUUUAUCUAUUUACAUCCUAGUAGAAAUUUUAAAUAAAUACUGUAAGGUGAAUUGUAGUGACACAUUAUUUUACCAGCUGUUCUGUGAUCCUUGUUUAUCAGUCAAUAGUGAGCUGAACAUUUAGGUAAUAUCCUCUAUCCUGUUAUUUAGGUUGUAAUGACAAAAAUCUGAUUUUCUUAAAGUUUCAUUAUAUGGCCAAAGCUGUGUGGAAUUACUGGAGUUUCUUUAUAAACAUAUCAGUUUAUUGUACACUGGAUUAACUUUAAUGGCUGUUUAGAGGGACUUUAAUCUAAGACAAACCAGGACAGAUGGACCAGACGGUAUGUGAUGGGAUUUUUAAAAAAGGGUUUCGAAAAUGUUCCAAGAAAAGGUUGUAAGAUUUUUUUAUAUUUUAUAAUGUGACCAGUUUCAACUUUGACAAACUGUAUUUUUAGUAUUGAAACUGCCACAUGCUGCAUAGGAACAUCGCCUUAUGCACAGCUGUCUAUGAAGUAGUUUAAGAUAGGCAGCUCGCUUUUGUUUAAAUCCCACAACUGGAUCUAACAAUUUUUUCAGAAUUCAACAGAGCUUAAGUAAAUCAACAGAUGCCUCAUACUGUCCUUAGAAAAAAACUGAGUGUAGUUAGUCGUAGAAUAUUUAUUGUAGGUAGACACUUAACCCAUAUUGCAAUUUGGAAAUGUUCAUUUCUGUGUGCUUUGAUGGUGACAGCAAGCCAUUGCAAAGGUGUACCAUAUUUUACUGCUGCUUCAUAUUCACAAUGUAUUGGGUAUUUAUUGUUUUAAAGCCAUGAAAUAUUUAUUUUAAGCUUUACAGUCAAAGCCAUGAAAACAAACAAAAUUUAGUCUUGUAGAAGGAAUCAGUGGAACAACUGACAGUAGAUUCUAAAACAAAAUUGCAUUACACAUUGUGACUCUUGUAUGUAUUGAUGCCAGAUAAUGACCAAACACACACACACACUCACACACAAAACAUAUCCAGUCCCUUAAGAUUCCAAAUGGAGAAAAAAUUCAGUAGUACACAGGCAAUAGAAGAUGGAUUGUAGCGUUUCCUGCUACAGCCAACAAACAAUUAACCACCCGAGGGCAGAUUUUCCACAGGUUUUAAUGAUUCUAUCAAUCUCUCAUACAUUGAUAUGGAUUAUUCAUAAAGGUAUUGUACCUUAUGUUUAACCUUCUGUAUGUUGUGAAUACCUUUUUAUAAACAUUCUUUUUCAAGAAAAUCAUUUGCAUCAUCAUUGAGUGGUGUUUUUCUGGUCUGACAUUUCCUAAGUUUAUAGGAUGAGCUGAAUAAUGUGUUAUGAC